AUGUUAUUGGAUACACUACACGAGCAAUUAGAAUAUGAAGAAAAUCAUGAAAACGCAGAAGAAGAAUGUACACCUAAAACAAAUACAGUACCAAACGAACCCCCAGUACGUCCGUUAUUAACCCAAAAAUCUGAGACGGACCCUUUUUAUGACCAUUACACCAUUUAUCCUUUGCAUGACAAAAAAAAGAAUGAAUCAGAUACUGCACUUUACCAGAUGUUGCAAGUUUCCGCUGCUGCUUUAGAUAACAGAGGAAAAGAUUUAGAUCUCAAAUGCUUUCCUGAUUUAUAUCCUUACGGAAAAUAUGGGCAACAUGCUGAAAGAAAGCCUAAUUUAAGAGAUUUCGAUUAUAUUAAGAGUAGAUUAGCAUCGAAACAUUCACAAUUUAGAUUGAAUAUUCAAUAUCUGUUUUUUUCACUUUACAAUAAUACACUGAGACAAAUAAAUGCUGGAAUAUUUCAAAUGCUUAAUAUCAUCAAUCCAAGGUAUAAGUACACGGUCAAAGAAUUUCUGCAAAUGUUAAAUGAAAAUAAACUAGAUGGUAAUUUAGAUACCAUUUUCUCUCGUUUGCCAGGUACUGAAUCGUAUUGGAAAAAAGUUCGUAAUGAAUUGAGGUGUAUGGCACGCGAGUACGGACCUGCUACUUUCUUUAUCACUUUCAGCCCAGGAGAGUGGAUGUGGUCUGCACUAGCGGAAUAUAUAAAACAAGUAAAUGGGUGGAAUGAUAGUCGUUCUAUUUCGCAAUUAAUAGCUGCAGACCCGGUAUCAACUGCUAGAUAUUUCCAAAAUAAAUUCAAAGCUGUGUUAGCUUAUAUACUAUCUAAGUCAAAUCCGAUUGGAAAAGUUACACAUUAUUACUGGGUCCGUGAAUACCAAGGUAGAGGAUUACCCCAUUAUCAUUGUUUGUUUUGGAUCCAGGAUGCUCCGAUUUAUGGUACAAGUUCGAAUGAAGAAGUGCAAGAGUUUAUCUUACAACAUAUAACAUGUCACAUUCUAGAUAAACAGAUUUCGCCAGAACUUCAUCGUCGCGUCUUAGCCUAUCAACAGCACAAACACAACGAUUAUUGUAUGCGCAAGAAACAGACAAAAACUGGAUUUUCAACUGCUUGUCGUUUCGGAUUUCCUCGCCCCGUAACUGAUAGAAUAAUUUUAAGAGACGUAUCUGUUGCUAUUUCGAAUCGAAAUAAAUUAAAAAAUAAAUCUCGAUUUUAUGAUUUACCUAGAACAACAGAUGAACAGAAUAUUAAUGAUUAUAUGCCUGCUCUAUUGCUCAUUUGGGAAGGAAAUAACGAUGCUCAAUAUAUUGGAGAAUCUUCUUAUUUGUUGACCAAAUACGUAAGCAAAUAUGGUACAAAAGGUGAAAAGAGCAAUUUAGAUUUCGCAGAUAUACAAUCAAAUAAACCGUUGUUUAACCGUCUUUGGGCUUUUGCUGUACGUGCCUUACAACAUAGAGAAUGUGGAGCGAUUGAAGCCGCUGAUGUUUUGUUAGGACAUCCUUUGCAUAGUACUGAUCCCGAAACAAUUGUUAAAUGGUUGAAUGUUAAUAUUAUAAGGGGUAGAAAACUAAAGCCAUUUAAUGAAAUCAAAAAUCUUCCAGAAGAUUCAACAGAUUUAUUUUAUGAUUCUUUCAUAGAUAAUCAUUAUCCCAACAGACCAAAGGAAUUAGAUUCAUUAUGUUUGUAUGAUUUUGCUAAGUGGUUUGAGAUUUCAAAGAAAAAACCAAUUUACAAAGCUGAGUAUUAUGAAAUGUCAAACGGCUUGUAUUGUAAAAAACGCAAGAAACCUUAUUUAAUAAAUCACUAUCAGUUUAAUCCAAAUAAUCAGUUAGAAGCUUACUACCAUGCGUUGUUAUUAUUAUUUAAACCUUGGAGGGAUUUAGAUGAAUUAAAAGGUUCUGACGGAACAUAUUGUGAAUCUUUUAAAAAACAACAGCAUGAGCUAGCACAAGCGAUGAAGUACCAUGAGAAAUGUACAAUUAUACAAGAAGCUAUGGAUAAUAUGAAUAAAUUAAUUCAGAAUCAAUUAGAACAAAGUGUAGCAGAUACGCCCAAAAAUUCAGCUCAUAUACCUGAUGGCUGUGUACCGAUUGAAGUAGAAAAUGCUAUGAAUGAUUUUCAAGCUGUUGUAGAAAAAGCUAUUAUUAGUAAACAAGACCUACAAAACUCGAUUGCGAAAUUUAAUACAGACCAGCUAAGAGUUUUCAACAAAAUAACUUCAGUUAUACAAUCAAAUAGUAAAAUACUAAGAAUGUUUGUAAGCGGUCCUGGAGGAACGGGUAAAAGUUUUGUCAUUGAAAAUUUAGUUUCAUGGAAUAAAAUACACCGUUGUAAAGAUACAGCCGUCACAGCUCCUACUGGAAUUGCUGCAUAUAAUAUCCAAGGACUUACAAUUCACAGAUUAUUGCAACUUCCAGUAGAACACGGCGGCACAGCAGAGUAUAAAGAAUUAUCUGGACCAGCUUUAAAACAAAUAAGACUUCCUCCAGUUCGCGAAGAUUUUGUAUUUGUUGGAAUGAAAAAAAAACAAAUUGAUAAGUAUAUCAAAUCGAUGAUUACUUUUAAUUUGUGGGAGCUAUUCGAAUAUGAUGAAUUAACAAUCAACAUGAGACAAAAAAAUGAUCAAGCACUCAGAAAUUCUUUCGCGUAUUAG